CGCAGUCAGUUUUGCAUCAACUGCACUUGUAAACGUUCACAGCUCACUACAGCUCAACUCUCAAGAUGAAAAGCUACGUUCUCGCAUUCGCCAUAUGCUUUGCAGUAAUCGACUUGAGUUUCGCUCUUGGAAAAGAAGAUCAAGAGAAAUGCUUGCGCAAAAAUGGGUUGAACAAUUCUACCGAUGUGGAACUUAUGAAAGCAUUCGUACGUAGUGAUGGGAAGAACGAAUUUCAUUUGGAAAGAGAGUUUUCGUGCGUUGUUGCCUGUGUUAUCGACGAAAGGAGGACUGAAGAUAAUGUUAAUACAAGUACUUAUCAGCUACUCACGGAUCUAAUCAGUGAAGCUCAUAAUAAAAUUCCGGAUGAACAAUGGAGAGACAUGAAGACCACUUUGGAUAAGUGUCAUCAGCAAGACGAAGGCGACGACUGUAAAUUAUUGUACUGUGUGAAAAUACUCAGGGAUCCAUUUAAGGAACUUAUUGUUUCGUUUGACUGAAAAUGAAGACAGAAAUUAGAUGGGAUCCAUAAUCUUCAUUCCCUACAGCUUGUCAGCAAUUCCUUAUUAAUAUAUAGUGUAUAGUCUGGCUGAUCGGAAAUUAUUCAAAUAAAAAAUGAGUUUCCAUUUUGAAUGUAGCGAUAUUGCAUCAUAUUUAUUUAUAACACAAUCAGUUGGUAAAACCCGUCACUCGAAAAGUAUAAAUAGUGUUCAAUCUAAUGUCUUCAAAAGAUUAAAAUUCGAUCGACUACAGUCAGUCUUACAUUAACUACCGGUGUUCACAGUUCGUACAGCUCAACAUUCGAGAUGAAAAUUUACUUGUUUUUAUUCUGUUUUACAUCAAUCGACUUGUUUUCUUUAUCAGGCUUCAGCUCUUACUGCCCCCAAAGAACAACAAUUGGCAUGUUUAAAUGAGAACGGAGUAACUAAUUCUACUGACGUGGAACUCUUUAACAUAAUUAUGCAAGAUGUUUUUAAGGAUGAAUUUAUUCUGGAAACGUCCCAGGAUAAGCAGUUUAGCUGCGUUUUUGCUUAUAUAAUUAAUUCAAUAAUAAAGCGUAUACCUCAAGAUAGCAUUUAUCAGGAACUUACGCGUGUCAUUCAAACUGUUAUUAUUUCCAUGAAGAACAACUUUUAUGGAUUUUUUAGCAAUGGAAGGUAUAUCAUAAUCGAUAAAUUGAAAUUUUCCUAUAGAUGACCGAUUUUUUUCAAGUGAAUCGAAGAAAGAAAUGAUGAAGAGAUGGUUGGAUUACUGUCACGAACAAAGACGAAGGCGACGACUGCAAGUUAUUGUAUUAUGUCAAAAUACUAAAUACUCCUUUCAAGAAAACUCGCAUUCCUCGACGGUCGAUUAAAUAACCUAACAGUAGGUUUCCGUAGUUUCAGGACUGUAUAAACCAAUGAUAAAUAAAUGAAUGGAAAAAAAAUCCUUAAUCAUGACGCAAAUACAUUUUUACUUAUUUAUGCAUAACUUUGACAUAAUACGAGAUAGAAAACUAUCUGCUCAUAUUACAUAAGUAUAAUAUCGACUCGUUCGGAACAGACAUUCGCUCCGAGGUCUGAAGGGUGAAGAUCGUCAGAUCGACUCUCUGCUCGGCAUGUGACUUUAGUCAUUUAAUUCGAAAGAGCGCACACUUUGAAGAUAAACGCCUGCAAAAAAUAAAAAGAAAGAUAACGCUCGAUUUGCCAAUACCAGCUUUGAUUUUCGCCUCUAUGUCAUAAGCCGCAAAGAGCGUAGAUGCAGUAGUCGUCUGAACAAUGAAGAGCCACGCUCUAUUUUUGUCCCUUCUCAUCGCGGCGACUAAUUGCUGGGCUGACAGGCACGAGGCACGACGGGCCUGCCUAUUCGAUAAUGGCCUGACUAAUCCGAAUGACAUGGACCGUUUGAUGGAAUUGCUGAAACCCGAUGCGACCAACACGACGACGACUACCGUCCAAGACGUCGCCUUUGAGAACAAAUUUGCCUGUGCAAUUGCCUGCGACUUCCACGUCGCCAAGAGUCGCAACGUUACGCUGGCUGGCAACCUUGAACGUGCUAUAGAUGCAGCUGCUGACGACAAAUUAAGCGACGCGAAGAAGAGGGAGAUGAAGGAUACGCUUAAAGCUUGCAGUCUUGCCACUGGUGACGAUGACGAUUGCACUUUACUCCAGUGUGUUAGUAUCUUGCAGCCACCUUUCGUCUGGAUACUUCCGAAGACGUCUGGAAUUUUGGGGAUGUAUAUCCAGUUUGACGUGAACUGCAGCUGGGAUUCUCAUUGGCAUCAUGAAAUUGUUUUUCGCUCUCUUCGUCCUUUCCUUUGCGCUGCUGCAUUCGGCAACUGGAGCAAAAGACAGCUUGGUAGAAUGUCUGCAAGAAAAUGGACUCAAGAUGGUUGACUUGGAUUUUAUGCGCAAAAUCAAGCCAAACACCGACAUGCCCAGGAAUAAACUCAUCGAGGAUAAAUUGGCUUGUGCUUUUGCCUGUUCCUUCAACAGGGAUAACAGUUGGAAGGACGAGAAUGUCUUCACUUUCAUGACUGACGUCAUAAAAAAGGACUAUCGCAUACCAGUCGGCUUGAAAAAACAAAUGCUCGACACGUUGAAGAGCUGCAAUGCCGAAGCUAAGGGCGACGACUGCACAUUGCUGCAAUGCAUCAAGGUUACCAGGUAUCCAUUCAUGGAUUUUGUGUUUUUGCACAAUACCGAGAUGAAGCCUGAAUACGAAAGCAGUCAAGAUAAACAAAUAUAAUCGCGAUUAUUGUAAUAUAUUUAGAGGAUUACUGCGACGCUGUAAUGAUGCUAAACGAUGUAAUAAAUCUGUAUUUGCAAAUAAAA